AUUAGCUCUGCUCCUACAAUACAGUACCUCAAAGAAACUCAAACAAGGUUUCUACUUUCAACAACUUCAAUCUGUUUUAUUCAUUUGGGUUGUGUUUUUUUCCUGAAUCUGAAACUGGGUCUUCUUCAGUCCUCUGGUUCAUCAAUCAGACUUGUGAUUUCCAGCAAUUUCUUGAAGUUUUAAUACAUGGAUAGUCUCAUGGAGUGGUAUUAUGCAAGUGAUGUUGAUGAUCUUGUUGUUCCGAAAGAUCAAGAAUCAGUUGAGAGGGUUCCUUCACCAGAUUGUUGGUCACAGUGGGGAUAUGCUGCAUUUGGAAGUAUUGAAUACCCGAAGAAGCACCUCGUUUCGGGGACGAAUAUUAACUGGGAGGAACUCAACUUUAAGGGGAAAAGCUUUUCUGAUGAGGUUAACAUCAGUUUUUCUGGCAAUGAAAGAGCGCAGUCUAGUGAAUCAAGCAUGUGUCAAGGAUUACAAAGCGGUUUGCUUCAAUGGACUUCAUCUCCACUUGAGCAGCAAGAUUACCAGCUCCAUGACCCAACUGAAAUUGAUCAAACGAGUUCUUUACUUGAAGAAGAUGUAACUGGCUCGGAUUAUUUGCAUGGAUCAUUCGGGUUUUAUUCCAAGUUCCAGGAAAGUAUGAUGCCAGAUGAUACUUUCUUGACCGACAUGACUUUGGAGUCACAAUAUAAUCCAAGUCACCUGUAUGGCCCGAGAAGCUCAGAGUACCUCAAAACACAUGCCUUUUCUCCACCAAUGGGUUGGGAGAACAAAGAAGUUGCUACUUAUUGUCCACCACUAAAGGCGCCAGUGGUAAAUCUCUCUAUCACCUUUGAGCAAGAUAAUGGAAAUGAACAACUGGGUGAGGAAACUUCAGUGGAAGAAUCUGCAUUGCAGGAACUUGAAAGGGUGAAGGCACAGUUAACAGAGAAGACCAGAUUAUGUUUUCGAGAUGCUCUAUACCGCCUGGCAGAAAAUUCAAAGCAAGAUAAAGUGAUCCACAAACAAGAUGAGGAACUCCUAUUGGAAAAGCACUCCCAGUCGAUGUCUAGUCAUGAAACAUUUAGGUUAGGAAAAAGAGAAGCAAGAGAGUUGAGGACAAACGCCAUUGACAGGGCCAUUGCCAAUCUCUUGUUCAAUAAGAUGGAUUUCAGUGCUCAGCAUCUACCUCCUCUAGAAACAACUGGACAGUGUGACUACGGCUUAAAUCAGCCGCAAAUUGCUUGUUGCUCUCAUUUCAUCGCAGGUGAUGCUGAAGUUCCAACCUGCGGUCCAGAGAACCGACCUUCUAAAAGAUUGAAGCUGCAUACAGAUUUCUCAAGCAGUGCGGCGAGCUUGAUACAAAGUCGUUGUUAAUCGUAACAAGUGAGAGAUCAAAACCAAAUGUGGUGUUAAAAAAAAAACACCCUUGUAUUACAUGCUUUUGAAUGUGUAAAUUUUGUAGAUACACGUUAGUUGCUAUGCACGAUGCAGAUACAUGAUGCAUUGCUCGGUUUGGAUUUGUACUUAAAAUGAGUUGUGGAUUGAAUGAAUGAUCGUGUUUUUUGGCUUUUCUUCUAUCAGUUGGG